UCUGUUUUGCCUAGUUGAGAUACCUUCACCCAAUCCCUCCGUUUCCCUCCUGGCUUUCAGUUCAUUGGGCAUUGCGGAUUAACCUACUAGCUCAGACAGAUUGGAAAGACUUGCUGUUCUCCAAACUCUGGCCCUGAGCGGUGUUUUCCCACCUGAGCUUGUUAAAACGCAAAGGUUAAGGCCUGAUCACACUCUCCUUGCCCUCUCCAUCCCAGCCCGCUCCGUUCCAAACCCGGCCCUUCUUCUCCAGGCUCUCUGUCCCCUCAUGGGCGCGAUAUCAGCCAGUGCAAGAGGACCACCGUCUCAACCCUAACAGCAGUCCUCACCAUGGAGAUGAAGCAAUCAGAGAUGAUGAAUCGAGAGGAUGGGGGAGAGCAUGAGAAGGAACAGGAGUCACAAGAAAACGGAAGGCUUGUUGCGGACAGCGUUGCGGAGAAGGGUCAGAAAUCCUGCUCUGGACCUGGGCAGGUCUCCAACGGUUAUCCCAGCACAUCCCCACAAAGCCCCAGGGAUGGUGCGGGUGCUGGGACGGACAGCGGUAGCACCCCUGGAGCAUUCAGGACUCUGGUGGUCCAGCAGACCAGCUUGGAUCCACCUAGGGAGACCUGGAGCAAAAAGAUGGACUUCUUGCUGUCGGUGAUCGGGUAUGCAGUGGACCUGGGCAAUGUGUGGCGCUUUCCCUACAUCUGCUACCAAAACGGAGGGGGUGCCUUUCUUCUGCCGUACCUGCUGAUGGCUGUGUUUGGUGGCGUGCCACUGUUUUACAUGGAACUGGCUCUGGGCCAGUUUCACCGCAGCGGGUGUAUCUCCAUCUGGAAACACAUUUGCCCCAUCUUCAAGGGUAUAGGCUUUGCUAUCUGCAUCAUUGCACUCUAUAUUGCCUUCUACUACAAUACCAUAAUGGCCUGGGCUCUCUACUACCUCCUGUCCUCCUUUCGUGCCACACUGCCCUGGACCACCUGCACCAACCAGUGGAACACUCCCAACUGCACCCAAUACCUUUCCACCGACUUGAAUGUCUCCUGGACCGACAACUCCAUCUCUCCAGCUGAAGAGUUCUAUGUACGGCAGGUCCUGCAGGUUCAUCUGUCCCCUGGUCUUCAUCAGUUGGGCUGGGUGAGCUGGCAACUAGCCCUCUGUCUGUUGUUCAUCUUCACUGUUGUGUACUUCAGCAUCUGGAAAGGGGUCAAGACCUCUGGCAAGGUAGUGUGGGUGACAGCUACCUUUCCGUACCUGGUGCUGCUGAUCCUGUUGAUAAGAGGGGCCACCCUGCCAGGAGCAUGGAGAGGAGUGGUCUUCUACCUGAAACCUGAUUGGAGCAAACUUUUAACCACUACAGUUUGGCUUGAUGCAGCUGCACAGAUCUUCUUCUCUCUGGGUCCAGGCUUUGGUGUUCUCCUGGCCUUUGCCAGCUACAAUCCCUUUCAUAACAACUGCUACAAAGAUGCAUUAAUCACAAGCUCAGUGAACUGUUUGACCAGUUUCCUGUCAGGCUUUGUGAUCUUCACGGUGCUGGGCUACAUGGCAGAGAUGCGCCAACAACGUGUGGAGAACGUAGCUAAAGAUGCUGGUCCCAGUCUGCUCUUCAUCAUCUAUGCUGAGGCUAUUGCCAAUAUGCCGGCUGCUACGUUCUUCGCCAUCAUAUUCUUCCUCAUGAUAAUUAUGCUGGGGCUGGAUAGCACGUUUGCAGGUCUGGAAGGGGUAAUUACAGCCAUGUUGGACGAGUUCCCCCACCUGUUGGCCAGGAGGAGAGAAUGGUUUGUGCUCGGCCUAGUGUGUGUCUGUUAUUUGGGCGCCCUCUCCACUCUUACCUACGGAGGUGCGUUUGUUGUUAAACUAUUCGAGGAAUAUGCCACAGGCCCUGCUGUUAUCACCGUGGUCUUCCUCGAGGUCAUUGCUGUUUCCUGGUUCUAUGGAACGACACGUUUCUGCAACGAUGUGCAGCUGAUGCUUGGCUUUGCUCCUGGUGUGUUUUGGAGGGUCUGCUGGGUAGCCAUCUGUCCCUGCUUCCUAUUGUUCAUUAUUGGGAGUUUCCUGGCAUUCCCUCCCGAGGUCAGGCUGUUUGACUACUUGUACCCUUUCUGGACCACAGUUCUCGGCUACUGUAUUGGAGUCUCCUCCUUCAUCUGUGUGCCUUCUUACAUGGUCUACCAUCUAAUCACCACCAAAGGGACCUUCAAACAGCGUCUGCUAAAGAGCAUUACCCCUGAGGCUCCGGGGUCCAGCGGCCCUCAGAGAGACACAAUUGUCAUCACCAACGCCGUGUGAUACAUUUCCUCUUCUGCUGGACAUGUAGCACAAACGCAGGGGACCCGUGUCUCCUGUAAGGGCCUCAGCUGACCUCCCUUCACACCUCACCCCAGAGGAGUCUGCUACCUGUAUUGUGUGACGGUGAGGCCAGGCCUCCGAAUACAUUGUUUUAUUCUUAUUCUAGCCGUCCAUGUGUGACCACUGUCAGCGCUCAUAUGAGUUACUGACUGCCGUAGCAAGUUCUUGAGUUUGUGUUUUGUCCUUCCGUUGUUAAUUUUAGAUCUCCAUGAACAUUUAUAUAUAUACAUAUAUAUCUGAAGGAUCAUGUUACAUUAAAAAAUCUCACCA